AGUCCACGUUGUGCACACAUGUGUUGACAAGUUGUGAUAGAAGCAGAAGUUCUGUUGGUAAAAAAACGAGUGUUUCAAAAGCUAUGUAUGCGACAUUUUUGAACCGUCAGUUUGGUUCACUUUAACUGCUGUUUGUGUGUUGUUGCUUUGAAAUCAUUAUCGUAUUUGAAGGGAAAAACAGCAGCUUUUAUGUAUUUUGAGUGAACAGAAUUUGCAUUGUCGACAUGAAUGUUCAGGCAUUUACCAUGGCCAGUUUUGUGUAUCUGGCGUUAGUUGUGUGCGCUGUGGUUCUCCAUUCAGCUGAAGCCAAACUGAAAAAGGGCGAAUGUGAAGUUUGUAUUGAAACCCUGAAUAAAAUCGAGAAGGCCAUCACAAAAAAACAGCGUGAUGAAGGUAAAGAAGGGAUUGAAAAAGCAAUCAGGAAGUUCUGCAAAUCAGCCAAGACUAAGGAGAAUACUUUUUGUUAUUUCAUCGGUGGAACAGCCGACGCUGCAACUGGGUCUCUGGGAGAGAUUAGCAAGAGGCUACUCAACUAUGUACCAUCAGACAAAAUAUGUGAACGUCUAAACAAGUUAGAUUCACAAAUAUGUGAACUUGAAUACGAGAAACAAAUUGAUUUGGACUCUGUAGAUUUGAAGAAAAUGAAGGUUAAAGAACUGAAGAAUAUCUUGAGUGUCUGGGGUGAAGAAUGCAAAGCCUGCACAGAGAAGACAGAUUUCAUCAAACGCAUCGAGGAACUAAAACCAAAGUAUUACAAGAAGAAGACAGAGUUAUAACUUGGAUGGUUGAAGGAGGAAAUGCACUGAUCCAUGAUAAACUAAGCUAAGGGAGUUAGAUUACCUCAUGAAAGCUGUCCAGGGACUAGUCACAAUUUAAGCUGGUUACUGUAUGUUAUGAAUGUGAAAAAACAUUUCUAAUUUGAACCAGCAUCUGAGGGUGCUCAGCUGUUGGUACCUGUCGAAAUUCAGAACAUUUGACUGAGAGGGAUAAGUUUUUUUAUAUGUACAUGCUCACAUGACAAUUUGACAGUUGUGACAUCAUUGCAGUGUCCUUCACUGUACAUCCGCAGGAGUUUAACGAUUGCAGGACAUGGGAUGGCAAAGUGUGCCAAUUGAAACUUGGACAAAGAAUGGCAUUCCAGCACAGUGGUGGAUUUAGGUAUAUGCUUAGAGAUUGUCUAGCAAAAACAUCCUGAACAUUAAGGCAUAAAACUGCACAUGAUACUGAUGAUCAUAUACAUUUCAUUGCACUUGGUCAUCAUAAAUGGUACAGUUGUCUGUGCAAGCACAUACAUGUAAUGUGCACAUCAGAGUCAAUUAUACAAGUAAUUAACCCUAACAGUCCUCAGUCUUCCAACAGGUGAAGGAUUGAGGACUGUUAGGGUUAGGUACUCAAAGCUUAAUACAUACAAACUCAUGACAUUGGUUCUAAAAGCAUUUUAAAUUAUUCAUCAAUGCAUCCUGGAUCAAGGUAUUUCCUAAUUUUAUAUUUUCAAGGGUUAUUUGAAAUAUAACUUUCUAAAUGUACUUGUUUGUAUAUGAAUAAUAGCAUUGUCUCAGGCAAUGUGUACAUGUACACUGUAUUGUUAAAAACUAGAGGGUUUUACAUUUUUGAAACCUGCUAGGUCGUAAAUAAAUGCAUUGCCCAGGUCUGAUAUGAGUUUUUAACAUUUAUUCAUUAUUUAUGGCUAGCAAGUAGGUUGCACAACAAGUCAUCUUACUGGUCUUUAUAGGGAAUUUUUCUUGAUCUGUUUCCUACCCAAUUGUUGUUCCCAAUACACCCAGUGUCCAAUUCACAGGCUGCAAGUGAAAGUUCCUUAAACCGAUAGUGCAUCUCAUGAAGUUUGUCAAGUUUUGUUUUCUCCAGUUAGUGGUUUUACAUACGGAAAAUAAAUUAGCAUUUAGGAUGGCUGUUUGUGGGUUUAAUCAUUUCAAUUCGGUUUGUCUAAUUGUAAUAGAUGUGUUCUUUGCAUAUUUUUUUCCAGCAAAGCAUUUAUGAUAAUUGUCCAUGGCACAAAAAGUCUGUAAUGUUCAUUUUGUAAAAGAAUUAAUUUUAUUCUGAAAAAUCCAGAAUGUGCAACUCUCAUGGAUAAAUUUACAUAAAACACAAUGCCAGAGGUUUGAACUUGGCUUUGUACUUCAUCACAGACAAUGUUAGGCCACCCAGAUCCAUUGAAAUCUACCAAGGUUUGGGAGGAUUUUGUAUGUUAGAGGACAACAGCACCUUACCUCUCUUACUGUACAUGGGGCUUGAUGCCCAAAUCAAUGACCAGUAAAAAUAAACUUCACUUUUAAAUUUCCAGUGAAAUAGUACCUUUGCACUUUAAUAGACAAAAAGGACAUUUAGACAAAAAUAAAUUUACUAAACAUUUUUCAGUUGCAUAUGUAUGACCUUCAUGUUGCAAUAAAAAUGUUUGCCAUUCGAUGUUUAACA